AUGGGACACCGACGAGAGUUCCUGUCCGUGACUCGCGUCCGCUCCUGUUGCAGCCCCGACGCCUGGUACAGCACGAGCUCCUUCUCCCGCUCGUACUCGCAGGAACAGGAUCCCGAACCGGGCAGCGGGCGGUACCUGCCCGACGGCGCGCCCAAGCGGACGAGAGGAGGCCGAAGACCGAGCCUCGAACGGCAGACCACGCUCUACGAUGACGUCUACUACACGGACGUCUACGCCCCCGCCGAGCAAGCGUACAGGUGGGUGUGCCCUCCGAUGUGA